AUGUUCACUGACUUAUGGGUUGUCCAGGGAGCAGUUGACGUGGACAUUGGUGAAAACCCUUCUGCUGAAAGUGCUGAUGAGGACGAGGGUGUUGAUGACACGGCUAUUAAGUUCGUUGACAUUGUUGACACAUUCAAACUCCAAGAGCAACCCCCAUUUGGCAAGAAGCAAUUUGUUGCAUACAUCAAGAAAUAUACAAAGCUGUUGACAACCAAGUUCGAUGCAGAGAAGCAAGUGGAGUUCAACAAGGGUGUUGAAGGGGUGACUAAAUUUCUGCUCUCAAAGUUCAGUGACCUCUAA